AUGAAUAUCUUAAAUCAAAAAUAAGCACAAGAAUAAUAGGAAACAAUAUGCAAAAUGCAUAAUUUAGAUUUAAUUGCAGUUGACAUGGACUUAUCAGAUUAAGCAAAAAUUCAAUUCUUUUGUGGUACAUGUCUAGUUGAAAAGAUUAAUAACUAUAAAGUGACUACAAUAGAGUAAUCAAAAAAGAGAAUAUAAUAAAUAAAGAAAUAAUAAUAAGAAAUUAGAACUAAAGAGAAUCAAGCAAGACUCACUUAUUAUAAAAAUAUAUUAGAUCAAAUUAUGAAUUUUAAAUAAUCUAUUGAUGAUUCUUUGGAUAAGAUAUAUAAAUAAAUAUAAUAGUACAUAUAUCCAAUUUAAAAAGAAAAAUAAGAAUUAUAAGAUUAUAAUUUAUAAUUAAAUUACUUUGAAGAUGUUUAAUAAUUGUCAGAAUUAUAUACUUAAAAUUAAGAAUAAUCAAUGAAAUUAUAAGAAGAUAAUAAUUUUAUUGAUGAAAUAUCAAAACAAUUCGAAUUAUUAUUGAAUUCUUCUGAAUAUUCUUAGACUUUAGAAUUGUUUAAGAAUACAAAAGAAACAAUAAAAGAUUUGAAAGUAAAUAAUGUAAUUGAUUUAUUUCCAUUCAUUAAAAAUAAAUAAAAUGAAUUUGUAUUUUUAUUUAAUAUUAAUAAAAAACACCAAGCUUAAAUAGAAUUUGUAAUAAUCAUAAAAAAGAAAUAAUUAUGA